AUGGGGCUUAAAGCUGACGAAGAGAGGAAAUGGGCUGCUCUUUCUAUACAAAAUUUACUGAAGUUGGACGGUAACAAACACUGUGCUGAUUGUGAGGCGACAAGUCAAUCAAAACCAUUUAUCUUUAAAGCUCCAAAAUGGGCGUCGACGACCUUGGGCAUAUUCAUUUGUGUACACUGUGCGGGAAUACACCGAAAAAUUGGCGCAAGUAUCAGUAAAAUUAAAUCUGUAAACUUGGAUGCCUGGACUGCUAAAGAAGUUGAUGUUAUGAGGGAGAAGGGAAACAUCACAGUAAAUGAUGUUUACGAGGCAGAACUUCCUGCGGAUUUUGACCGACCGAAUAAUAAUUCAAUCCUUCAACAUUCAAAGAAAUCUCCAACACCGGAACAUGAGAGAUGA